GGAGACUUUAAAGUGUCAAUAGUCGUAUUGGCUAGUGAAUGGUCUGAUUUUUAAGGCAAAAUGUCAUCAUGCCUCAAUUAUGAUAGUCUUUCACAAACAUCAAACUCCAAUACCAAAAGCGAACCCAUCACUGACGAUUAUGGCUACUACUCUGCUGCUACAAAGAACAACAAUUCUACAUAUCUUUCUUUGCCCUCACCAUCACCCCAUUCAGAACCAUUACGAAUUUGUGCUUUAACUUCAGGAUCAGCUGACGUUGGGGUUGUUCAAAAUUCUUUGGCCAUGGGAAUCUCUCAGCAGGUGCCGUCACUUAUGAUGAUGGUGGACUCGCGAAUAUGCCGCGAUUUUCUGCGGGGUGUGUGUAAACGUGGACCCGCAUGUAAAUUUAUCCACCACCACAUCAUGGAUGCAGCCCCCAUUCCACUAGUUUGCCGCGAUCAUCGUAACGGUAUAUGUGUCCGAGGAUCUACUUGUAAAUAUCAGCACAUUCCGCUUUCGCCUCUACCUUCAGUUGGCACUUCAUGCAAUGAGGACUGUGGUGACGAAGACUCACUUAUGAUGGUUAUGAUGGGUGGCGGGAUCGGUGGGGGUCCUGUUGGUGUGUCUUUGGCCCCCUCAACCUCUUUUUACUUAUCGGAUUCUCGGGCCACCUCUAUGACCAUCCCAUCGUCUCUCUUCUCUUGUGCUAAAUCCAUUGGUCUCGAUGAUGCAGUAUUAACAUCUCGUCGUUGGGAUCAGGUCUGUGGUGAUAUCACCCCUAAUACGGCAUCUUUCUCACCCCCAUACUCAUCUUCGGCCUCUCAUGCCCAAUUGAGUACUGCGGAUAAGAUUAUUCCCGUCUGCCGGGACUACAUGAAAGGAAAGUGCGACCGUGGUUUUCGAUGCCGCUUUCGACACAUUACUAUGGCGGAUUAUCGUAGCGACUCGAAAGAGCGCUCUCGAGGUUCCAUCUUUAAGGAAGGACCCUCUAUUUUAGGUCGAAUAUUACCAACGGUAUCACUGCCCACAGUCGUCGUCAGCGCAGCCUCUGGUCCGCUCUUUAUAUCGCAUCAGCCCCAUCACUCAGCCCUGCAAUAUUCUCUGUCUCCCCUCUCCAUGCAGUCAUGUUGUCCGCUGACUUACGUGACCCCGGCUUCAGCAACUAUCAAUAUCUUGGAUCCCGGCUUAGAACUGCCUCUUACGAAGCGCCGCCUUCGUCAACAGGCUCAACAGAUAGGUAAUGCUGUCGUCAGCAUUAUUGAUAACCCCCUUUCCAAUUCGGCUUCUAUGGACGGUUUGAACAAUUCCAACGAUUCCAUUAACACUUUUAAUAAUGUCAAACUCAGUGCUGGUGGUAGCGCGGGUAUUCUCAACAUGAUACCACUAUACUCUGGUUCCGAUUUUAACAACAUUAACAAUUCUUCCGGUAACCAUAAUCUUCAUACCUUGUCCCACUCGGAAAAGGCUUUGGUAGAGGAGAACGAAAGCCUGAAGCAACGACUUAAUACUCUCAAGAAACAGAUUGCGGAACUUAAUGCCACAGUUGAUAUGCUUCUCGAGCAGAAUAGGAGGUUACGGUUGUGCGGUAUGGGUGGAGGUAUAGUCGGAAGUGCUAAUACCCUUCUUGGAUCGCUCAAUAACACAACCUCUAUGACUCUGGGUCAAAUCGCUCAAUCCCCUUCCGCUGCUAUAGCCCCAUUGACUCUUCUGGCCGCCCACCAGCCUCACCAGCAACUUCAACCUCUGACACAAUCUACCCUCAUGAUAGGAAACAAUCACCAAAUAAUUCCACACUCUUUCCAAACCAAUAUCAGUGGUAAUCAAUCAUUCAACAUCUCUGAUACCUCGUUGGCCGGCACCCAUCUUAGUAAUAUCCAGGUCUUGCCAUGUAUCAACCAAUCCCAUAGUUACCUCCAAAGCGGCGACACCACUUUCCUUCAGAAUCAGCUUUAUCAGCAACACCAACAAAUGCUGAACGUUACCCAGAUUAACCCUUCCCUGCAAUCUCAUUCUACUCACUCUCACGUUCAACAACUCGCCUCCGCAAACUCUAUAUCUCUCUGCAUUGAGACAGAUCAACUUACUCAAAAUCAAAUAGUUCCCAAUGUAUGCGAAACAGUCAACUCUCGUGCAGCCAACCACGUAAACGACAGAGAGACAAUAAAAAUUAAGGAAGAUAUCACGAAAUAGAAAAUAAUUUUUUCGAAUUACUUAUACGAUAUUAGCGUUUAAUUCCACACUAAUUUUUAAUUGUAUUUAUAUAUUUUAUUCUGUCGUUUAUAUUAAUUAUAUAAUGCAUCAUGUUAUUGUUUUUUGUUUAUUAUGAUGAGUAAUAACCGAAAUAAUUGUUAAACAUCGUUAUUUCAUUCUUCUACCUGUAUGACCUUUAUUUAUUAAUUAAAAAUUGUAUUGAC